GGCUCGCUGGUGAAGAGAUAGCUUAUACUAAGCUGACACUCCGGCGCCGGUACUGUCUGGCGGGAUGCAAUGGUGGACCUGGAAAACCAAGCACGUUAUCUGGUGCCAUCGAGAGUCAUAUAUGCAGGUGUAUCGCUCAGGUAGGUCGGUAUGUAUGUACAUGCACGUUUGCGCAAGAAGUACGCAAGGGUCGAAGGUAGGCUGGCUCAUCUAUCUUUGUUCUCGCCCCUCGGAUACCCCUCCUUGUCUUCUCUGUGAGCUUGAUAGUUCUUUUGACUCUACUUCCUUGAGUUAUCAUACCUAAGUAUUGUCUCACUUUGUCUCUUGCUAUCCUGAGAUUUGUAUAACCCGGUCAUAGCACAGCUUGGCCUAAAGAAUGGCUUCACAUUCACUAAAGGCAUUGGUUGCCGUUUUUUCACUCGUGGGCGAGGCUCUGGCAGCAUCUACGAACGAAACAGUCUGGUCUUCGUUUUCAUACGUAUUGUAUGGCGACCGUACACCAUUGCAAAGUCAACUCACUCCUAGCUUAACUCCUCUGGGUGCGCAACAACUUUAUUCUCAGGGAGCUCUCUUCAGAGCUCGAUACUUGUCGCCCAAUGCCAAUUUAUCGGUCGAAGACAGCGCUAUAACGAGUAGCUCGCCUAUCUCGGGUAUGGAAUUGCAAGCUCUUGACAAUAGUCAACUCUCAAUCUAUAGCACGACCGACGAUUAUGUAGUCGGAGGCGCUCUGGCUUUCCUUCAAGGCCUAUAUCCACCGAUCACUCGAACCUUUGCGUCAAGUAGUGGGGGUGAAAAUGCGUCUACAUUAGCCAAUGGGACCCUAAUAGAUUACCCUUUGGAUGGUUAUCAAUACCCAAAUGUUUUGACCAUAUCAGUCACGGAUAUGAGCUCUGUUAGGCUUGAAGGACACGCAGCAUGUGCUGAAUACUGGGCAUCGAGCAACGAUUUCAGAAGCAGUUCACUCGGCCAAGAGAGUUACAACUCAACCCUUAACUUCUACCAGACCACAUUCGCACAGGUGUUCCCAGGCGCGAUAUCCAGCUCCAUGCUCAAUUUCGACUACGCCUACGAUUUAUACGACUACGCGCAAUACCAGUACAACCACAACUCGACAGCGCAAAAAACCCUCAAAGCCGACCGUCUAGCGAUCCUGCGCAACCUAGCCAACAACCAGCAAUUCGACCUAAACGGGAACCUCUCCGCAUCCGGGUCCCAAGACGGCGACAUGAUCCGCGCCAUCUCCGGACGCAUGCUCGCCGCGCGCGCAGUAGCCCAGCUCUCCUCACACAUCCACUCAGGCGGGCGCACGAACAAAAUGUCGCUGCUCUUCGGCUCCUUCGAGCCCAUGCUCGCCUUCUUCGCGCUGUCGAACCUCUCCUCAAUCACCACCACCACGCUCUUCUCACAGAUCCCGCAGCCCGGCUCCGUAAUGACAUUCGAGCUCUUCAGCACUACCGACGACGCCAGCUACCCCAACCAAGCGGACCUGUGGGUGCGGUUCUUAUACCGCAACGGCACGGCGAACGACGCGCCUAUGGCGGAGUACCCCCUCUUCGGCCUGGGGAACUCGGAGACGCGGGUCCGUUGGGCGGAGUUUGAGGAGAGUGUUGCGCGCUUCUCGAUUCAGGAUAUUUCGCAGUGGUGCGAUAUCUGCGGCUCUGUGACGCUGUUCUGUAGUGCCUUGGGGUCGAACUCGGGGACUUCGUCUGGCUCGUUGAGUAGCAGCAGCGGUGGAAACAGCAAUACGUCGCUUUCGCCGGCUGUGGCAGGCGUGAUUGGUGCGCUGACUACAAUUGCGGUGUUCCUCGCUGGGGGAUUAGUCGCGUUUGUUUUCGGCGGGCUGAGGAUCCGGCGUGGGGAUGCGGCGGAUGCGGAGAGACGCCGGAGUAGCUUGGGCGGGUUCAAGGGCGCGGAGAAGAUGGCUUCGGAUCAUGAUGUUUCGAUUGCGAGGACUGGGGCUCGACAUGAGCGCGUUGGGAGCUGGGAGCUUGGGGGUCCUGGGUCGGUUACGGUCCCGCCUGCCGCUGCGACUGCGGAGGAUGUUCCGAGGGGGUUUUUUGGUGCGUCGGUUAAGCGCGAGGAGGAUGAGGAGAGUAUUUUGGGGGCUAAGCCGGUGCAUCCCGUCGAGCGGGUUUAGAGGGCGGAUUCUGACGAUGCGGAUUACAUCUCAUCUUACAUCUUCAUUUUUCUUCUUUCAUUCUCUACGGUCAUUGAUACCCCCGCAUUAUAUAUUUGAGGCUUAGGAGCAUAGAUGUUGGUCUCGGAAGUUAGAGUGAUGUUGGCGUUACAAGGUCAUGUUUUCAGAUUCAAUGAGCCUAUAUCCUCUCUUUUGGGCAUUUUAUUAUGGACAUUGGUGUGGGAUGAUACCCUUUUGUUCUUACAAUCGCUAUAUGGAGUUAUUAUUGGAUUUUUAGUAUAAGAACAGUUGGCUGAUUUGAGCACAACUCUAGUGAUAGACGUAGCAUAUUAUAUAUAAUAGCUCUGAUCCUAACAUGUAUGUUCGCCAUUGAGAA